AUGGCCUUGUAUUCACGAUAUCUCAGGAUUGGCGCAUGCCUAUUGCUUGGGCUUGUUCUUCCAGUAUCAAGCCAAGAGAAUUCCACCGUGGUCGAAGGACUCGUCGAUCCCAGGGCUAGAUACACCGCCAACUACACAAUCCCUGAUCAGGGAUUCCCUGGCUUGCAAAGUAAUUUCGAGAUAGCACCUGAUUGCGGCGAGGACAAUUACGUUGGGACAGGCCGCUUGGUUGGACGUAGGGCCUUGAUUACUGGAGGAGAUUCUGGCAUCGGACGCGCGGUUGCAAUCGCGUACGCCCGCGAAGGUGCAGACGUUGUGAUUAACUAUCUUCCGGAGGAAGAGUCGGAUGCUCAGGAUGUCGUGUCGGUUAUCACAUCGAGUACAUCAUCCCAAAUCUUCACCAUCCCCGGAGAUCUGCGAAACGAGUCCUUCUGCGUUGAUCUGGUGAGCAGAGCUGCCGAGCUCCUUGGUGGCCUUGACAUCCUUGUCAGUAAUGCCGCUUACUCCAACAUUUCCGAAGACAUCAGAACACUGUCGAACGAACAGUUUGAUCGGACCAUUUACACCAACAUCUAUGCAAACUUCUGGCUCAGCCGAGCAGCUCGACCUCUCCUCGAGCCAGGGUCGAGCAUCAUAUUCACGUCUUCGGGGAUCACCCAGGCUCCCAGCGGUGGGCUCAUUGACUACGGCGCUACAAAAGGUUUCGUCACGACAUUCUCGCGGUCUUUGGCGUUGCAACUGACCCCCUUUGGGAUCCGGGUCAAUGCUGUUGCACCCGCUUUGGUUUUGACCAAUUUCCUGUCGACCCAGGGGAUGACUACUGAGAUAAUGAGAGACGUCAUUUCUUCUACGGCACCUCUUGGAAGGAUCGAACAACCGAUUGAGUUGGCCCCGGUUUACGUCGGACUGGCCGAAAAUGCCGCAACAUAUGUCAGUGGCUCUCUCUGGUCGGCCUCUGGUGGACAGGGUUGA